UAUAUUGCUCUGCGGUCACAUGUCCCGUGGCUGCCGGCCCAGGUCGGGUAACAAAAAGCGCCGUCUAAUAUGAAGGCGACUCCGCCGGUUUACAAAUCUCUCUCUCCCAACUUCUAAUACUCUCUACGGUCUACUCUAAAUCAGUCGCAGUAGUGAAUCUGCUCAUCCUCGAAGAGUUCAACAGCUAUUCCUCAUUGCUCAUUCGAUCUCUCUUCCGUGGCAUUCAAGUGCCAAUGAUGUCUGAGAAGGCUAUGGGAGAUCUUAAUAUACUGCCUGCAGCUGGGAAGAUGAAUGAAAGCUCCAGUAAUGGAAGCAUAUCGAAGACACAGGCUGAGCAUGGUGUUGAAAGAUGUCAAGAAAAUGACAAAGAGAAAACUGUUUCCGUAGUUCAAAAUGGAGAUGGCAAGCAUAACUCUGGAACAGAAGCAGGAAAUUCAGAAGUUGAAUACAUUGAGUCAGAGAAUCUAAAUGAUGUAGAAGAUGUAGAUACGAGCCUGAAGACACUCUUGGCGGGUCUGGACUCCAAAGACUGGGUUUUGGUGUGUGAGGCACUCAAUGAUGUACGCCGUUUGUGUAUAUUUCACAAAGAAACUAUGCUUGACAUGUUGGAAAAGGUAUUCUCCCUAAUUGUGAAAUCACUGAAAAACCCCAGAAGUGCUGUUUGCAAAACUGCAAUUAUGACAUCUGCUGACAUUUUUAAAGCAUAUGGUGAAAGCAUAGUUGAUUCAAUGGAUCCAAUGCUUGUUCAACUUCUUCUGAAAUCGUCCCAAGACAAACGAUUUGUUUGUGAGGCAGCUGAGAGAGCCUUAAUAGCGAUGACGACUUGGGUUGCUCCAGUUCUAUUGUUACCUAAGCUUCAACCUUAUCUAAAACAUAGAAACCCUCGAAUUCGAGCAAAGACAUCAAUGUGCUUCUCCAGAAGUGUACCAAAACUGGGAGUUGAGGGAAUUGAAGCUUAUGGUCUUGACAAGUUGAUCCAAAUUGCUGCAUCUCAGCUUAGUGACCAACUUCCUGAGUCUAGGGAAGCUGCCCGUGCUCUUUUAUUGGAACUGCAAAGUGUCUAUGAGAAGAAAACAACAGCAGUGACCGAAGAAGAUCAAGAAACAACUUCUUGGGAGCAAUUUUGCCAAUCAAAGCUCUCACCUUUGAGCGCUCAAGCUGUCCUUCGAGUGACCAAUGUUCCUAGGGAGGGUCUUGUGCAGGGAUCCUAACAAAUUACACAAGCCGUAGCAGGUUUCUUUGGCUUUCCUUGUGUUUUGGGUUCAUUUUCUUAUACCUGUACAUACCAUGGAAGUUUGAGAUGAUGAGAGGCGGUUGCAGCAGCAUUUAGUUGAUUCUAUAGAUCCUAUAGUAAACUAGCAUAUACGGUCACCUUUAUUGCUAUUUGUUGUCGGAUUAAUAUUGUUGCGAUUUUGCAUCUUGAUUGUUCUGUCUUUUAUAAUAUUAAUUAACGAUUGAUAAGCUGGACAUCCUAAUAUUAUUAAUCUUGAGAAGUUGGCUUGAUAGAAAGCAAAAGAUGGAAAGCCAUUUUUUAGAUU